GUCUUUGAUAGGUAGUUGAUAACAGACUUACAGACAGGCUGGCUGACCUUGCUGUAUAUAAAGCAAGCAGCAGCAGUUGCAAAGCCAUUCACGGACAGCAGAGACUUCCGACAACAAGCAACCUCAGUAAGAGCUCACCUAUCUACCUUGUCGACUCUGGAUUUUGCGAAUGCUCAGUAUGGCUGUGUUCUUCGCUGUGGCUCUCCUGACAAUGGCAUGUCCUUUAAUGGCAUUUGACAUGGGUCAGUCCACUCGUUGCGUUGCUAUCCCCAACCAGAUGAAGGUCUGCAAAGAUGUUGGAUACUCUGAGAUGCGGCUGCCCAACUUCUUGGGUCACAGUAACCUGGAAGGCGAGGUGGUGCCACGUUCAGAGGACUGGAGGCCCCUGUUGCAGACAGGCUGCCACCCUCAAGCCCAGGCCUUCCUCUGCUCCCUCAUUGCCCCUGUCUGUCUUGACACUUUUAUCCAGCCAUGCCGUAGUCUGUGUGUGGCAGUGAGGGACAGCUGUGCCCCGGUGCUCGCCUGCCAGGGUCACCCAUGGCCCGAGGCGCUUGAUUGUGAUCGCUUUCCUGCCGAGGAAGACAUGUGCCUUUCUCCCCACGCAAAAUUUAGCCACUUUGCCAAAGGCUUACCCAAACCUGCCUGCCAAAACUGUCCCUCUGUGGAAGAGGCUUCUGCAAUGAAAACAAUCCUGGAUGCUUUUUGCCAGCAUGACUUUGCUGUGACUGCCAAACUUCAUCGCCGUCGCCUACCCAUGGGAGAGCCAGAAUUUGAGGUUGAGGGCCGGGUUGAGUUUAUCCGCCAGGGACCUCUGCUGCCUUAUGACACCCAGCACCUACUCCAGCAGUGGCUCCUCAUCAACAUUCGAUGUGCCAAUGCCCUUGUGCGCCCCGGACGGUCACAGCUUUACGUGCUGACUGGUUCUGUGCAGUCUGAUGGCACCCUUGCUCUCACCCGUCUCUUCCCUUGGCAUAAAAAAGACGCAAACAUUGCAGUGGCCACUCGCAAGUGGAAGCACCACAGAUGUUGAAUGGACUGAUACUUACAUGUAAAAAGUGGAGCUCUGAAUCCGUGUUUGCAGUGUAGAAUCACAUAAGAACAAACUUCUUGCAUGAUUCCACACAUAAAACACACACGCUUUAAAAUCAGGGAGGAAUUUUGAGAUGGAGAGUGUCUUGGCAUUGGGUGUUAGUAAGCUAAAUGGAGAUGUAUAUAAGAACAGAGCUACACUCAGACAUCAAUACCCUUUGCCUCCCGCAGCAGCUCACUACCUCAUCCCUUCUCUGACAGCUCACAGUAAUUGUAUGCACUCAAACCUGUACAUAAUAUUAAUUAAUGUAAAUUGAUUGUAGAUUCUAUUUUCUAUAAGGAUAUUGGUGUAUUUAUGGCAUCUUUUUUAUGUGCAUACUAUGUGGACAAAGAUGACAAUAAAAUAUUUGUUCUGUGAAACUAUA